AUGUCGUCUACAAUAACUUCUCUGCUAACAUCUACGGCCACAACACCAACGGCGACAACGACAAGAGCCGUCUAUGACCAAGACCCAUAUCUUCCUUGGCAGCCCGCAUUCGCCUACAGUCUACCUAUCCAGGUUCUCCUCACUGGCGUCAUUCUCGCCCUUAGCACCGUCCUCCUCAUCCACCUCGUCUUCACAGCUCCAUACCACUGGCCAUUGGCAAAAAUAAACUAUAGUCUGCAACUAUCAGGAGUCUUCUCUCUCCUUCUCUCGCUAGCUAUAACUAUCAGUGUGAUUCUGUCCGACGUCCACGCGACCAGUAGAGAAUGGCCUUACAUGUUCAACUAUGUAGCUGUGCAACUUCCACUCUCAAACUGGACGAAUGCCAAUAUUGGCUUGUGGUACACCUUGGACGCCGUUACAAGUGGCCUCGCUCAUGCAACACACAUGCAAUUCCUGACCUUUUUAUAUCCAUCCCUUGUUGAAGAGCGUCUUAUCCUCGGGCUGCUCGGUCCGCUUGUCCUCCUAUCGUCACUUUCCUCCUUUCUAUCCCUCUCGGACUCUGAUAGGACUCGAUCCAUCGCAGAGUCGGUCAAGAAUAUCUGCAAUUCGGCUCUUGCAAUCUUAUUUAGCGUCGCUUUGUGCAUAUGGGGCUUUUUUAUCAAUUACAAGGAGGCAUGGAGAACUGACGGAGGAACUGCUAUUUUUGGCGCAGGCGCUGUUGCGUUGAGCCUAUUUUCUAUGGGACUCAACUUGUAUCAGAUAGCCAAAUUACCACCUGUCUGGAUACCUCCCCUCGUCUGGACCGUAGUCCUGUGGCAGAGUUUCCUAGGCUGGUGGUGGUACGUUGGUUCAGCAGCCGCGGAGCCCAGGUCGCGACACCGAAAGAAAAAGCGAGCAAAGGGCGCCAACAAGAAACGGACUGAAGACGAUAAUGCAAGGUUGUCUCGUGUGAGGACGAAGCUGAACAGAGGUGGCGCAGAUUCCACUUCGGUCACGGGCUCCGCUGUUCGGAGAAGGAACCGAGCAGCACAAGUUGAUCAAAAUGCAUCUGCUGGCGAGGAUGAGGGCACCGUCUCCCAUCAAAGUAAUUCGACAUCGGAAGGAUCUACUGCUCCAAAAGUGCCUUGGCCCCUCAAUCGACUUCCCGAGCCCGUGCUCACCCUUUUAUUCAAACUAAGGCAAGAGCACAGAAAUGCGGCACAGCAACAGCAGGCAGAAAACGAGCAACGGCGAUUCAACGUUUACGGAGAUGAGCGUGCAAGGGGCGUACCGGGUAGCGGUUGGGGACUUGGAAGUUUUGCCUUUCGAAGCACCGAAGCUCGGAAUCGCGAAAACGAGAGAGACGUUGCCCGAGGUGGUCGGAUACCUGAUCACGAUACAGCUGCUGUGGAGAUGCAAACUAUGCGCAAUCGUGACGGCUCCGCGGAUGGACGAAAUAUGUGGGGGGAUGAAGUUGUCGACCGUGUUGAUGAUAAUGCACUGCGCUCUCGGAGACCACCUUUGCGCUCUUUGGAGACACCCAAGUCGACUUGGAGUCUGAUGGGCCCACUUCGUAGAUGGAGGUGUACACUAUGGAAUCAUCAUGACCACCUCGAACUAAAGCUCGACCCAACCACAUCCGGGAAAGAUGGUGAGCCCCCCGCGACCAUCAUCUACUGGCCCAAGAAUCAUUCUUUACACCAAUUCUCCGUCCUUUAUUUCCUCAUCUUUUCCGUCUUCAAAACACUUACAGACCACACUGUCACCGUCGAACUCAAAAAUGAUCUAUGUAUAACUGGAGUUUUGAAGAGUGUCGACCAGUACCUCAACAUUCGACUCGAUGCGAUCAAAGUCGAGAACGCAGAGCAACACCCGCACAUGAUGGCGGUCAAAAACUGUUUCAUUCGCGGCUCUGUGAUUCGAUAUGUGCAGCUACCUGCGUCUGCGAUGGAUAUUCAACUGCUAGAGGAUGCUACACGACGAGAAUCUGGCAAAAAGAUAUAA